UGGGAAUGCGCUCUGAGUUGGUAUAAAAGCGCGAGCCCUACGCCGCAAACGGUCAGUCAGUUCUAAUCCCAGGAACAACACUCCUACUUCUACCACCAUGUUUGCCAAGGUCGCCCUCUUCUGCCUCGUCGCCGUCGCCACUGCGGCUCCCCUCGAGGACUACCCACCUCAGCCGUACAGCUUCAGCUAUGACACCACCGACGAGUACGGCACCCGGCUGACCCGCGAGGAGUCUAGCGACGUCAACAACAACAAGGUCGGCUCCUACAGCUACACCGACGCCCAGGGCAUCGCCCGUACUGUCAGGUACACCGCUGACGCCGAGGGUUUCCAUGCCACCGUCGAGACCAACGAGCCAGGAACCAAGAGCUCCAACCCAGCCGAUGCCCUGUACACCUCUAGCUCCGUCGAGGUUGCCCCAGCCCCAGCUGCCACCGUUGUUGCCAAGCCCGUGGUCGUGCAGUCUGCCCCAGCCACCGUCGCUGUGCACUCCGCCCCAGCCACCGUUGCUGUACACGCCACUCCUGUUGCCGUGCACGCCGUGCACCCAGCUCAGUACGCCCGUGCACCCAGCUCAGUACGCCCUGCACCCAGCCCAGUACGCCCUGGCCGGCUCCCCAGUCGCCGUCGUCCACCCAGCUCCUUUCACCGUCGCCAAGAGCGCUUAAGAAGUUCUGAAACAGUUCAUCCCGUCACAACAGAGCAGUAGAGUUAUAGGUCAGCAGGAAUUAAUUACUUUCUAAGUUGACUCAAUCCAUACGAACGAAACGAUUCCAAAUUUCCAUCGUAUAUCUUUACUCGGCUCAGAAAGUCGCCAUCCAGUCUCUCUUGAGUCUUGUUAUUCAGGUAUCGACAUAUUGACGUAUAGACACAUUGAUUUAUCAGAGAUUAUAUAUUCUGUUG